AAAAUGUUUUGUAGCAAAUUUUGUUUUCAUUAUUAUUUUGAUCAAGCAAAUGAUCUUUUUUCAUUAGUGUUUGCUAAUUCCUUUCCAGUCACUGAAAAUAUUGAAGUGCCUACAUAAAAACAAUUACGGAAAUUAAGAAACACGUUAAAUUGACGAAAAGAUAGAAACAUUGACUAGAGAAGUGAAAAUCUGCUGGCACACGAAUACGAAUAUUGUCUUCAAAUUUAUAUGACAAUUCUCUAAAAUAUAUACUAUCUUUUUCUCGAAAUCAGUACCAUUAGAUUACAAACUUUUUUUUUUUUGGUUAUAUAAACAAUUGUAAUUGCUUGCUUUUGGUAUUUUUAAGUCUUUGUAAUUUUUUUAUUUUUGUAAGCCUUUUUCCUCCAUGCCACUACAUGGUGCUAACUUACCUGAUGAGGUUUUAUUGUUUACAAACUCGAUCGACAUCAAAUAUUCACACACACGUGCACACAUACGUUAAUGGCAUCUUUGUUAUCGUUCAGAACAAAGGAGAACUAAAAAUUGUGAUUCUUUUUACCAUGAGAAGCGACCCCACCCAAUUAAGUCAAUUUGUGUUUGUUUUUUCUUGUAAUCUUUGGUCAUAUAUGAGAAUGACCAGCUUUGCUUUUCUUGUCUUUCUUCUACAUAUUCAUCUAUAAAUACCUUCUCUCACCUUCUCCUUUAUUCACACACUCACCUGUAGAAAAAAAAAACUCAUCGAAACGGUUAUCUAAAAACUCUUUUAACUCUUAAGUUUUUGCUUCCAGUUUUACGUACCAUGGAUUACAGAUCAUCAAUGGAGUCUUCGGAAACCCUAAGGAACAAGUGUGCCGCUUGUUAUAGGCAAUUCAACAAAAUGGAACAUUUAGUCGAGCACAUGAAGAUCUCUUAUCAUUCGGGUCAUGAACCUACUUGUGGCGUUUGCAAGAAACAUUGCCGAUCUUUUGAGUCCCUCCGGGAACAUCUCAUAGGGCCGUUGCCAAAACAAGAAUGCAAGAACAUUUUCAGCCUUCGCGGAUGCAGAUUUUGCAUGACGAUCCUCGAAAGCCCGAAUGCUCGUAGGAUCCAUCAAGAGAGAUGCCAAUUUUCGAGCGUGAACUCUGGACUGACGACUCGCAUGGCGGCUUUAGGUCUAAGAGAUAAGGCCAUGAUCGACUACACGUCCUCGCGGUCUCCACGAGUGGUUGCACUCUCUUGCAAGAUGGUAGGAGGAGGAAGCGACGGGUCGUUGGAUCUGUGUGCGAGGGUUUGCAUAACGGAUGAGAGUGACAACGUUGUGUUCCACACGUAUGUGAAACCUUCGAUGGCCGUAACAAGCUAUAGGUACGAGACAACGGGGAUACGUCCGGAGAAUCUAAGGGACGCAAUGCCGUUGAAACAAGUACAAAGAAAGAUUCAAGAGUUUCUUUGCAAUGGAGAACCCAUGUGGAAGAUUCGUCCAAGAGGUGGAAAAGCGAGGAUUCUCGUGGGACAUGGCCUCGAUCACGAUCUUGACUGCCUUCAACUUGAAUAUCCUUCUUCCAUGAUAAGGGAUUCUGCGAAAUACCCACCGUUGAUGAAAACAAGCAAGCUGAGCAACUCUCUCAAGUACUUAACCCAAGCCUAUCUCGGGUAUGAUGUUCAUUUUGGGAUACAAGACCCGUAUGAAGAUUGUGUAGCGACAAUGAGGCUUUACACGAGAAUGAGAUAUCAGAAACACAAGAUUGAAGCUUACCCUUUAGCCGCCGAUGCGCAGAACCGUAGCAACCAGGUGGUUUGGAGGCAGAGCGAAGUCGAGAGGAUGUCUCCUGAUGAAAUGCUCUCCAUCUCUCGUUCUGACUAUUAUUGCUGGUGCUUGGACUCCCUCGCUUAAUUUCUAAACCUACAAGGUUAUUUAAGUGGUCUCUCAAAAUUAUUAGUUCUUAAAACUUUUCCAGAGAUUUAAAAUUUAGUAACGUAACGUCGAAUAAGCAUUGGUUAUGAUUUUGUAGUAGUAUUAAAUUUUAGAGUGUGUGUUGUGUGAGAUGCAUAGAUUGUUAUUGUACUUUGUAAUAAUGCAUUGAUAUCAAUUAUUAAUCAAUUAUAUUGCCUGCUUUAUU